AUGAGAGGACUCUUCCGACGUACGUCUUUAGGCGGAAAGAAGCCCGACAAGUAUGUUACGAAUGAUCCAGCAUUGACGGAUAAUAAAGAUCCCGUAAAUCUGGAGGAUACGAAAUUCGAGUUUCUGCCAGGUACUAGUCUGCGCUUUGUGGUCCACGAGUGGAUACUAAACGGGCACUAUCUGGUGGUGGACAUGAAUUCGUGAUAUUAUACUGAAUUUGAGUGCGGAGUGUCAACAUCUAUCUCAAUUGACCUGUUGUAACGGACCAUUGAAAUUCAUUCACAGGGAUCACGCCUCGAUCGCCCGACGAUUACAAUGCGGCGCCUGUGCCUCGAAAUUCGGUUACAGAGGUAGAGCUAAAUGCUGUGGCUCCGCCAAGGCCACUAGAAAAUCCACCACUCGCCUUUCUCCAGAGCAAUAGGUCACGAGCGCAGAGAAAGCGUACCGGUGCGCACUUCUCAGAUUUGUCGCGGGUGCCGACACUCGCUAUUGCCGAAAGCGCUGGCGGACGGGACAGCCCUCUGGACGAUGACGACGACGGUAGUGGGUACAACAAUACGAGUAUUCACAAUAGCUCGUUCGGCGGUGCAGGGCCAACACCUGGGAGCACGACGUCGAUGAGCGGUGUAUCGCUGAUGUCCAAGGAGCGGGAAGGAGAAACGAUAGUUGAUUUGACAGCGUCGACUGCCAGCGGGACGGAGGGCGGCGGAUCGACGCGGCCGCCCAGCGCUACUUCAUCGUCCAGCUCAAGCUCUCGACGCGAAUCUUCGAUUCUAGGGCGCCUGAGCCGACGCGAGCGCGACAGCAGUCGGACCCGAGACGCCAGUCGGCGUGGUCGCGACGAGUCAGUGGGGCGCGGCAGAGAACGGGACACCUCAGUGAGCCGACGACCGGGUCUUAUCACGCGCAUAUUCUCUGCCAAAGGCAGGCGGAAGGAUGAUCGCGUAGUCAAGUUGGAGAAUAGCGAAGCAGGAGACAAUAAUACGACGGACAAUUCCGCAAGAAGCAACGAGAUCACAUCGGCAAGAUCGAACGACAAAUCGGCGAGGUCGACAAAAACAGACGAGGAAGACGCCGAAACGUACCUGCAGUAUGCGAUUUACCUCCUGUCCACCGAUAGCAGCAACCAAGUAUCGCGCGAGUAUGUCGAAGCUGAGCUGAAGCGGGUGCCUGAGGUACUAGCCAGCGGUUUGAAAUCUUCAGUCGUGAUGGAAGGGAAGGUAGAAGACAUGCGUAGCUAUGACGUGAGUUCAUGACAUCAAGAAGAGUUUUGUUGCUCAAUGAAGGUUCUCGUUGAUUUGAGAUUGGAAUGUCUUGUCAGCUCCUCCUCCUGUUUAACUCAAAACGAAAUCUUCUCCUCCAAAACAUUGAUGCAGAUAUCAUGGUUAGUCAAAUGUGCGUUGCAAGCGCCACUUCCAGCAUGUUGGACGCUGUAUACACCAAAAGGGACCGACAAGACGCCGUAUUUCUGCUUUGGAUAAUUUCAUAAACUGAAAAGUUUUAAGAAAGUUGUCCAGUAGAAUUAGGAUUACGAACAUGGUUUCGGUUUCGCUUGAACAAGUACAAGUUGGCGUCUUCUUCGUAGGUAGGAGUAACAUGGAUUCUGAUGAUUUGUCUCUUUCUCCUUUUGAAGAUUUGUCCUCUGCUUCCCUUCAUUCAGAUACUACGCGAACUCUUUCACUCACGAGUCAGCAUGGACGCAUCCUAGCGAUUCCACCUUCAAAUCGCUAAUCGGAAUCCUUCAGCGAGGUUAUGAUAUCCGCGGGCAGCUGAAAAGUAGAUAUUUUUAGUUUCGGUAUCUUCGUAUGAUCGAUACAAUGUAUGUUGUAUUCCUUUGCUUUUCAUCCAUCGGUUAUUUCCAGGCAGAUGGACGUCUUCUCCAUUUUCAAUCUUUUUUUUUGUACCAACAUCAGAAAUAGUGACCGAAAAACCCCCUCUGCGACCAGGUAUCUAUACUUCAGUCUUGCAAAGCGCGGAGCAGUUGAGCACGCAAUGGCAGGGACCGUAUUACGAAAAUGAGAAGUCUUACUACCAUCAUAUCCAUUCGAAUCGCUCAGUUUGGCAGGACCCGUUCGCGAAUAGUCACUACCUUGCGGAGAUAUGUACUUGUUCUAUUUGUGGCCUCGUUCUGGAUUCGUAAUGUCCAGGAUCAAGAUGAUGAUUUAUCCUUUGCCUAGACUAGAGUAGACGUUUACCAUUAGUAACCGAAAUUCUAAAAUAUUGAAAUACAUCUGCCCUCUCAUUUCAAUCUUUUUCAGGUGUAAAAUUGUUGGGAAUCUUCGCUUCCCGUGCUGACAUUUUAGAGGCUGCCGGCGGUUUUGCCAAGAGAAAAGAGGCACUGCGUCAGGCGCGUUCACGGCUGGAAGCAGAGGUCGGCGCGCUUGGGUCGCAGGAUCUUGCGUAUCUUUAUCAGAACUCGUUGCCAGGUGCUGUGAUGGAUAGCGUUCCCGGAAGCGUGCCGCCAGGUGGUGGCACAGUCCCUCCGCAUGGUUCUAUUGGACCACCAGGCGCAGGACACCAUCCUGCAGUGGGGUCGCAACAUUCAGCGCAAGGAGGCAUGUACAACCCGCAUCAAUCGCAGCAGCUGGCGCCACAUCACGCACCUGGUGGCGUUCCCCCAGGUAUGUACAACCCAGCGGCACAACAGCAUCCGAACAUGAUGUACAAUCCGGGCGUAGCGGCGGGAUACCCUGGUGCGCCAGGCGGACCGGGAGCCUUGCCAGCAUAUGCUUACGGGGCUGCACCGAUGGGUGGGCCGCAUCAAAUGCCUGGGGUACAUCCUGGCGCAGCAGCCUAUUCUCAUCCUGGUGCGCACCCUGGGAUGUAUAAUCAGGGAACGUUGCCACCCUAUAGUUUCAACGCCGGCGUGCCAGGCGUGCCUGGGCAUCCUGCCAUGGCACCAUACGGUGGCGGAAUACCUGGUGGCUACGCGCUCCCAGGCCAACCUGGCAGUCCGCACAAGCAACCGCAUCAUUCAGCAGCACAUCACAGCGGCUAUCACCCUGGUAUAGACCAGCAUCACCCAGGAGGUGUCGUCGGUGGUGGCGUAGGCGGAAUGGCACCAGCCGCAUCGUCGGGUGUUCCAGGGAGUGAGCGCGGAAGCGAGUGGUUCAACAACGACAGAAAUCUCGUGCGGUGCAACAGCCGUGGGAAGCAGAGACGAGAGCGCAGCCGCUCAAAGAGCAAAGAGCCAGAGUUGCGCAAGCUCGUGCGCAUCAAUAGCCGCGACAGCCUCCCGAAAGAUAUGCGACUCCCCUCGCCGUUCUCUCACGGCUAUACCGGUCCAGUCGGCGCGCAAGCGAGUGGUGGCGGUGCAGAGGGAGCGGAGGCCGAGCAUUACGUCCGGACCAAUGCUUCCAUCGGAAGACAUGCGAGUCCAGCACCGAGAGCUGCACCUUCUUCCAGCAUGGAGGAUCUAAUGCGGCAGUCGAGGGACUACGCUGAUAUGAAGAUCGGCAACAAAUCAGCAAGCAAGGUAAGCGAAGGCUCCGAAAUUGCUAUGGUACUUUUGAAAGAGAUCAAAAUUUGAUUGCCGCUGUUUUAGUCUACUUGGGGUCCCGUCCGUCUUGUUGAGGUUGUACGAGGUGGACUUGCUCACCAUUCUAUAUAUAAAGAUUACGCUGAUCUUUGGGCUCGUUAACCCAUUCGAGUCAAAUUUUGUUCCUCACCAGGUUUACAGUGACGAUAGCGAAGGUGGGAGCGUACCACCACGACCGAUCCAGUUUCCAAAGCCCGAAAUCUUGUACUAGAGAACCAACUGAGUAUGGCGCUUUGUCUUGGGAGCACGACAUUACGAAUUAUAUUUACCUUCGACACACGCCCGAGCGAACACCUAUCCGAUUACCCCCAACACGACCAAGAAACAUAACUAUUCGGACUGCUACCCGCAACAACCAAUUUCCAUUUUGAACAGUGUUUAGCCUUUUGAAUAGAACCGCUUACCACCGUGUAGUUAUAGUAGAAAGAUGACGAACUUAUUUAUUAUUUCUUUUUUGCCUCUUGUACUUGUUGUAGUAAUUUCAUUCUCCACCGAGUUCUUUGUAAACUUGUAAUUCCAUUAUUAGUUCUUGCAGUAGUUCUGGUUUUAUCGUGACCGACGUCUGAAUACUCAUCAUCUCUCUGGGUGAAAAUUUUUUCUGAUUUAUAUAUAUAAAUAUUUGUGUUUGUGACUUCAUCGAAGAAUCUUUCCCGUAUGUCAGUAGACUCUGAUAUCUUUUCACAAUAAUCCAGCAGGUUCGCAUAGCUGAAGAUCAAAAUUGCGUUAACACCUCACUUACAGUAGUACAAGUUGUAAAAUGACAAUCAACACCAAGAAAUGUACGUAGGUAAUUUUUUGGUGUGUUUGUCUGAUAAGACAGACCAAAGGCAUAAUUCUAGACUUGCAUGGUAAAUCAUCGCCCGUAGAGCUCCGUUUUAUCCUAGUCGUGUCUUUUCCAAGGAAAGGCGUUCUUGCGUCUGUCGUUGUG